UACACAAUCCGGUGCUGGGUCUAGUACUCUCAUUUCAUCCAUCGAUUUGAUGCAAACCCCAUGCAGAUCUGAUUCUUCAUCACCAAAUCUUGAAGUUGAAUUAACGCCUGAGCAAAGUGCACAUCUUGGAGAAAUAGAUUUCAAUACAGGUCUUGAUGGUUUCUUGCUGGCAGCACUAAAGAAUCCCAAAGAUAGAUUAUUUCUCUUAAAACUAGACAGAGAAAUGGAACGACCAAUCCUUCGAUUUUCGGAUCUUCUUGAGCAAGAGGAGGAAAAACCGGAGAAAUCAGUAAAGAUCAUGAGACGACAACAGAUAAAUGCUCAAUCACAACUUCGAUCUACUGGUGAUUCUGACAGCAAUUCCGAAGGGGAACGCAAAAUUUUAACUAUUGAAGAACGGGAAGCUGCAUACCAAAAAGCAAGAGCAAGAAUAUUUAAAGAUUUGGAGCAAAAGAACGAGGAGAAUGAACAAGAUGAAAAUGAAGAAUCUAUGUCUUCAAGUCCAAACACAAAACAUUCUAAUAUCUCAAAUAACAAUGAUCAACAAAACAGUGACUUGACUUCUUCAAACAAAUCAAAAAGCGCUCAACAAACCAAGAGCGCAAAUGCAAACAAUAAUAAAAAUAGUAAACAGUCACAACAAACAAAUAAAACUGUAGGAAGUAACAAAAACUCAACUAAUAAUAAAACUAGUGUAAAUACUGUAAAGAACCGGCAACAACAAACACAAAG